CGUAGCAGACAAAAAAAUUAAAUGACAUAGUAAUCUAAUUAAUGCCCAUGAUUUAAGCCCAAAACAUUUGUUUUCAGCCCCAUUCGCACAAUAGACAGACAGACAGACAGACACUGGUAAGGGAUAACUAAAAGAAGCUAACAAAUUGGCCAGAUAGUUGGCUUUUAUGAAGCAUUGUUUCACAAGCACAUGUUGCUUUCCUGGUACUGCCAAUGAGUCACCUCCUUAGUUCACACUGGCAAUAGUAGGAAUACUUCUAACUCAGCUUUCUGCUGUUUGAACUUUGUGAGAGGGAGCUUCCAAAUCUUCGUGCUGUCUUGUCAGCAGCAAGCUUGUGUCUAUGAAAAGCGCAGCUCAGAAGAAAAGUCAGUUCUGGGUCCACCCUGAGUGUUCCGAAGACCUCCGUUACCAUUCAAAAACUGCCACAUGCUUGAGCACAACAUCUCUUCCAGACUUCCAAAAACAGUUCCCAGAGCCUUCUGGCAUCUUCGUGAAAAGCAUAACUCGAGCAAGUGCGGUUGAACAGGAUGGAAGAAUACAUGUUGGUGACCAGAUUAUAGCUGUGGAUGGAACAAAUAUUCAAAGUUUCACUAACCAUCAAGCAGUGGAAAUGUUGCGUCACACUGGCCAAACUGUGCAUCUUAUUUUAAUGAGGAGGGGACUUGAACCAGAAGCUUUGACACAGCCUGAAUGCAAAGAUGAAGUAAAACCUGAAAAAUGUGGAGAUCUCCUCACAAUAGAUAACAAACAUGCUUCAGCAAUGAUUGAAGAUUCAUCAGCUUUGGUGAAUUGGGUUUCAAAUACUUCAUCUGUUACUGAGCAAGGAAUUGAAGCUGAAAGUGAAACCAGGUUCACAGCAGGCAUUCAUCUGAGCUCAUCAGAAGAGGAAAGACUUUGUGUUAAAUGGCAGGAUAUUCUUGGAACUAACUCUCAAAUUGUGGUGACUCAAGUAACAAAGUUCAGUGAAAGCAGUGGCCUUGGUAUAAGUUUGGAAGCUGCCACUGGGCAUCAUUAUAUACGUUCCAUUCUCCCUGAGGGACCCGUGGGCUGUAAUGGGAGACUAUAUAGUGGAGAUGAGCUAUUAGAGGUGAAUGGAAUUCCUGUCCUUGGUCAGAGUCACAAAGAUGUUGUCAGUAUACUAAAAGACUUGCCUGUCAGUGUCACUAUGAUCUGCUGCCGCCCGAUCCCGAAGUCCAAGAAGGAAACUGAUGUAGAUCAUAUGGCUCCCAUAGAAGAACCCAUUCAGUCAAUAGACAAGCCAUUGGAAUUUCUUCAUUCAUCGGCGCCUCGACCUUGGAUUGAGGAUCAAACAGAAUCAGUUGUUGCCAAUGGAUUUUUACAGCGUCACAUCAAUCUAAAUGAGAUUAAUGCGACAUCUGAUAUAGAUGAUGCUGUUGUGGGUGAAAUGGAAAGAAAGCAGAGUGAUGUUGAGGCACAGAGUUCUCUGGCAAUGUGGGAGUCAGAAAUCCAAAACAUAGAACUGGAGAAGGGGAGCUCAGGCCUUGGAUUCAGCAUUCUGGAUUAUCAGGAUCCAGCUGACCCAAUGCGAACAGUUAUCGUAAUUCGAUCGUUAGUGCCCAGUGGAGUGACAGAACAAGAUGGCCGACUUCUUCCAGGAGACCGACUCAUGUUUGUCAACAACGUCAACUUGGAGAAUGCUACUCUUGAAGAAGCAGUUCAGGCAUUGAAAGGUGCAUCAAGAGGCAAAGUUAGAAUUGGAGUAGCCAAACCUUUGCCAGUGGAAGCAACUGAAACAGGUUUUGCUGGUGGAAAAACGAUUGACAAGGACUUAUCAUCAUUUGAGGAAGAGGAUGAACAUCAAUCUUCAACUGUUGCCCUGCAUGGCAGUGCUUGUAGUUUAGACCUGAACGUUAACCUGUCAAUUCCAUCACUGACUUACGAGGAUGCACAAGAAAAUUCCUUACAUGCUUGCAGCAUGUCCUCCACUGAAGAGAGUGACGAGAAACAGAUGUCCUUAGCCAAAGGAUUUGAGAAAACCAUUACCAUUGCAAAAGGCAAUUCUAGUCUGGGAAUGACUGUGAGUGCCAGUAAGGAUGGAUCAGGAAUGAUAGUGCGCAACAUUAUUCAUGGUGGAUCCAUCAGUCGUGAUGGCCGAAUUGGGGUUGGUGACUCCAUCUUAGCAAUCAAUGGGGAGCCAACUACAGAUCUCACCAAUGCUGAGUCUCGUGCGAUGCUUCGAAGAUACUCGUUAACUGGACCAGACAUAAUUAUCACAUAUGUACCUGCAGAGAACUUGGAAAAGUAUAGGAUGAUCAUGAGUAGACAGCUUGAAGGAAUCACCACAGCCAAUGUAUCUUCACUACUCUCUGCCAGCAUGGAGUUGCCAGUGAGGGAAGAAGGUGAGGGAGAAGAGAGUGACCUGCCAAAUUCAUCCUACAACAACUGGAGACAAGCUCGGCGAGUGGAGUUAUGGCGAGAACCUGCAAAGUCAUUGGGAAUCAGUAUUGUUGGUGGAAGAGGAAUGGGGAGCCGACUGAGUACUGGAGAGGUCAUGAGAGGAAUAUUCAUCAAACAUGUUCUGGAGGACAGUCCAGCUGGAAGAAACAGAACAUUAAAAACUGGGGACAGAAUUGUUGAGGUAGAUGGGGUUGACUUGCGAGAUGCCAGCCAUGAAGAGGCCGUUGAAGCUAUACGAAAAGCAGGCAAUCCUGUAGUGUUUUUAGUCCAGAGCUUAAUAACCAGGCCUCGGAAACAACCUUUGUCUUUCCUGCAAUCUAACCCCUUGCCUGAAUCGAGCAGUGGCAGCAACAGUACUAACCUAUUUGCUGACUCUUUUCAGACCCACAAUAGCCAGACUGACAGCCAGCCAGAUAUAGCGACUGAAAUUAUGUCAGCGCUGUCAGAUCCACAGCUAUUGCCAUCUGAACCUGUUGAACAAGAGACGAGCUCAAUUGUGUCAUCACAAGAGAACAUGGGCAAUAAAUCAGAAGAUGGAUUGGAGGAAGUUGAUGAAUUUGGUUACAGCUGGAAAAAGAUCAAACAACGGUAUGGAAGCUUGAUGGGAGAGCUGCAUAUGAUUGAACUGGAAAAGGGGAAGAGUGGGCUAGGUCUGAGUCUGGCUGGCAACAAGGACCGAUCCAGAAUGAGUGUUUUUGUAGUUGGCAUCGAUGCAAAUGGAGCAGCUGGUAAAGAUGGCAGGAUACAGAUUGCAGAUGAGUUGCUAGAGAUAAAUGGGCAGUUACUAUAUGGUCGCAGUCAUCAAAAUGCUUCAUCAAUAAUCAAAAGUGCACCACCAAAAGUGAAGAUUAUUUUUAUUAGAAGCACAGAUGCAGUCAAUCAAAUGGCGGUCAGUCCCGCAAAAUUGGCUGAUAUAAUCACAGCUACUUCAGGAGCCCACCAGGAGAAAGAGCCAAGUACAUCAUUAUCCCAAACUGGAAAGGAUCUGACCUUGUUUAAAAAUACGCAACAUAUUCUACUUGCUAAGGAUCAAGGUGGACUUGGAAUUGCAAUUAGUGAAGAGAGUACACAUGAUGGUGUAAUUAUUAAAAGUUUAACAGAAAAUUGUACAGCUUCAAAAGAUGGAAGGGUUAAGGUUGGGGAUCGUAUCUUGGCUGUGGAUGAUGAACUUGUUGCAGGACACCCUGUUGAAAAGGUUAUAAGUUUGCUGAAGAAAGCAAAGAAUACUGUGAAACUAACCGUCAGUUUGGACAAAGUGACUAUACCGGCACCAUCAGUUUCCACUGCUUCAUUCGAGUCGAAAAGCAUUCAGUCUGCUUCAAUACAGAAUAUUGCUGAAUCAGCUGAUACAGAUUCCAACAACAAGGGCUCGAGCAGAGCUUCAUCCCCUGGUUGUUCUUCUUUCGAUAUAUCAUCUUGUCCAAUUGUCCCUGGACAAGAAACAACAAUCGAAAUUUCAAAAGGACGCACUGGACUUGGGCUAAGUAUUGUUGGAGGAGCCGACACAUUAUUGGGUGCCAUAAUUAUUCAUGAAGUCUAUGAAGAAGGAUCUGCAGCCAAAGAUGGCAGACUAUGGGCUGGUGAUCACAUAUUGGAGGUUAAUGGAAUUGAUUUGAGAGUUGCCACUCAUGAUGAAGCAAUAAAUGUUCUGAGACAAACUCCACAAAAAGUACGCCUGACUGUCUACAGGGAUGAAGGUCAUUACAAGGAGGAAGAUAUGUAUGAUUUGCUGAUUGUUGAAUUGCACAAGAAACCAGGGAAAGGUCUUGGACUGAGUAUUGUUGGAAAAAGAAAUGAUACUGGGGUCUUUGUGUCAGACAUUGUGAAAGGAGGAAUAGUAGAUCUGGAUGGGAGCCUUGUGCAAGGGGACCAAAUACUGUCUGUGAAUGGAGAGGACGUUCGAAGCGCAACUCAGGAGACCGUUGCUGCUAUGCUGAAGUGUGCACAAGGCACAGUGAGAUUAGAGGUUGGCAGGUUAAAGGCUGGAUCAUUCUCACCUGAUAGAAGAGGUUCCCAAAGUAGCCAGGUCAGUGAAGGGAGUAGUAGUGGCGGAUUGACCACGUUCUAUUCUGCUACAUCUGGAUCUACCCAAGCUGAUCUACAUGAAACUGGGUACAGAACACCUGCCUGGACUGAGAUCCAAGGGCUAAGAACCGUGGAGUUUAAUAAGGGGCCGACUGAUUCACUGGGAAUCAGCAUUGCAGGAGGAGUAGGUAGUCCUCUUGGAGAUGUCCCCAUUUUUAUUGCAAUGAUGCAGCCAAAUGGAGUAGCAGCCCAGACCCAGAAGCUGCGGAUUGGGGACAGAAUUGUAAGUAUUUAUGGGAAACCUGCAGAGGGCUUGACUCAUUCCCAGGCUGUCAGCAUGCUGAAGAAUGUUUCAGGUCGUGUUGAAUUACAGGUGGUUGCCGGCGGUGAUGUUAGUGUGAUGAUUAAUCAGCAACAGGAGCACACUACAACUACACUUCCUGUCUCAGGUUUGACAGCAAGUAGCAUCCUUCAUGAUGACCUAGGGCCUCCACAAUAUAAAACAAUUACUUUGGACAGAGGUGCUGAUGGACUGGGCUUUAGUAUUGUUGGUGGAUAUGGCAGUCCUCAUGGAGACCUUCCUAUUUAUGUGAAGACAGUAUUUGUGAAGGGAGCAGCUGCUGAAGAUGGGCACCUGAAACGUGGGGAUCAAAUAAUUGCUGUCAAUGGACAAAGCCUUGAGGGCGUGACACAUGAAGAAGCUGUUGGUAUCCUGAAGCGCACAAAAGGGACUGUUACACUAACAGUACUUUCCUAAUGUAUGUUAUUCUAGAUGAAGACACUGAAGCUCAAUGUGAUUCUUUAUUUGGACUUUACUGAUGAGAAUUGAAGUGAAUUUAUGCAUACUUUCAAACAUAUGAAUUAGGAACUGAAAUAGUCAUUUGAGAAUUGAGAAAAUGAAAUGUUUAAUGUCAUACCAAGAGAAUUUUAGGUUUUAGACAGUGGGUUGCAAAAUUAAAUAAAUUUAAACACAGCAAACAGGCUGCCAUUGUAUUCCCACACAGGGUCUCAAUUGUAAAAGCUUUUGAUUGCUCACAGUGUAGUCAAUGGCAUUUUUCUUCAGAUGCAACAUUAUUUUUAACAUUAUUUUCAAACUUCUAUAUUUUGCCCAUUUUAUGUCUGGAAAAUAGUUCCAGAAUUACUGUCUAGCUUCUAUUAUUUUCUGCUUUUAAAUUGUUACCAAUCAUUUUCAAGUUGAAUAGCUGGUUGGUGAUGCAAUAAAGUAUUAUACUUUAAUAAUACUGCUAUUGAUCAGUUUCAAUUAAAAGAUAAAUGCAAUUUAACUGCUUUAGAUUUUUGCGUUUUAUAGCUCAUUAGCAGUGUUUCUCUGUGAAACUCUGAGUUUUCUUGAAAUAGCUGAUUGUAAUGCAAAUUCACUGGUUAAAAAUUGAUAUAUUUCUUGAACAGAGUUCUUAAAUCACACAUCCCCUAUCGUUAUGCAUGAUGAAUGUCAAAGAACACCAUCAUUGGGAGCAAUGGUGUUGAAUUAUCAGAAAUAGCUGAAAUGAUGGUAGAAUUGCAUGGAAAUUUAAGUUUACUGACUCGGAUUUACUUACCGAGCCAUAGUUACCUUAGCCCUGUAUCAGAGAAUGAUAAUGAAGUACUGUUUGCUGUCUUUGACUGCAAAGUGACUGAAAAUUAAUUUCAUCAAAUGAUCAAGUUGCCCAUGAAGGCUCCUGCACCUUGACUAAUUAAUAUCAAUGAGGCCUUAACUCAAUUUCAGACCUGCCUUAGAUCUCCUGUUUUUUCAGGUGCAGAAUACACCUCUAUCCUCUCCUCCAACCUGAAACCAAGUGCUGAUAAGCUUAUGUCACUCUGACUCUUCUGAAAGUAAUUACAGUAAAUAACCACUGAACAGCCAUUAUUCAUAGAACAAGAUCCUGUAAACAGCAUUGAAUUUUGUGAUCAAUUCAUUUCUUUUUGAAGAAAGGGUAAAACUGAACUGAAACUAACUGUGUACAAUGCAUUUUGGCUAAAUAUUAAAGUAAUGAUCAGUUGAGUGUACUUCCUUAUGAAUUCUUGGAAAUGUAUGGGAUAGUAAUUCUUAAGCCCACGUCUGUGCUUACCAAGCACAUCGAGUAGCUGGAAUAGUGUGUUAAGACUGCACUUAACAAGCCAUUUCAGUAGAGAAGUAUGUUCACCCAUAAGGGGUGGAUUAUUCACUUUGCAAUUAGUUAGGUAAUCCGGCAUAGUGGAUCACCCACCCUUCGUAAAUUGUUCUUCAGCAAUUGUCAUUCCUUUCACUUCAAUGGAAUAAGACCCAUACAGAUUCCUUGAAAGGUAUCUGUUUUUGCCAAUUUAAAAUAAGCAAGUGAAGGCGAAAAUCUAUUCUUUUUAUCUUAACAGUAUUAUAGCUCAACUUAAAUGUUGUGUUUGGUUUAGAAUUGUGUAUUUUGGUACAUAUGCCAUUUUCAGUCUAACCAAGUGUAUUUAACUCUAUAUAGACCCAAAAGUAAAUGUUACAGUUGUCUUUACAAUCAUUUGAUCAGUGUUCUUGGAUGAGUGAACUGUAUUGUUUGUUUGAGUUAGCAAUGCUAAUUUUAACAAAAAAAGAAACUAUAUUAGCCAGUACAUUGUUAAUCUAAACUCAUACAUAAUUUUAGAAUAUUUUGCUUUAGUUUGCUCUGAAAUGUAUCUAUUUUGAUUUUAAAGUAAUGUACAGGUAUCCUUCUGUUAAUGACUGUUGGUUAUUAUAAAGAUUUGCAGUUUUUAGCAUUUAUAA